AUGGAGUCCGUCGUCGCCAGCCGACCAAACCUCCCCGCUCUGCACACUGGCAGCCACGACCACCAUAGCCACCAUAGCCACCAUGGCCACCAUGGCCACCAUGGCCACCAUGGCCACGUCCGUAGCAACUCCGAUUAUUCGGGCUCCGCCCCGCCUGCUUUCGCGGCGAAGAAGCGCGGCAGCUUCCUGUCAAAGACCUUCAAGAGCUUCAGCAGCUUGUCGUCCCUCGAAUUGACGGCCGAGGAGGCUCCAUCGGGGUCACAGACACCCCCGCGUCGAGUUCUCACGAAGACCCCCACUCGCAGCUCCUCCAUCUUCCAUCGCAUCAGUCGCCGACCCUCCAAAGACUCAACUACGAGCUCCCAUACAUCGGAAACGUCUGGCAAACUGGCAACAAUGAAGGUUAUCAGGCAUGGCCCCCUCAAAACCGAUGCCAAGCUCUGGAAGUCGCGCGCCGAGUAUGUCGUGUUGACGGAGACGUGCCUGCUCAAGUUCAACAGCAUAGACGCUGCGAGAGCAACAUUCGUUGACUUUGGAGGCCAGACGAACAGGUUGAGCAGGGCGUCGACGACAUCUUCUCUCGGACAAGACACAGCGUCCGCCGAGCCAAGCCUUCAGAUUCCCUUGCGUCGCAUCAUCAACAUUUUCAACGAGGAAGGCUCGAGUCCUCAUUUUGGCCUCGAUGUUUGGUGGUCGGAAGCACCACCCGCGGCCAUCAGGGAAUUCGUGGGCAGGUCCUCGGUGCCCGGCGGCAUCGUGGCGGCCAAUGUCGAGGCAAGGAUAUACAACCUCGUAGCGGCCGAAGAGCCCAUGUGCCAGGGCUAUCCUCUGGAUAUAUUUCCUGUGAAGCUGCGUGAUGCGUCCUCGUACUAUCUCUUGCUAGGUCUGAACAAGUGCUACCUGGUUCGCGUUUCCAAAACUUCAGCAUACAAAGCCCCGCAAGACCUGGAGAUCAACACGGUGGUGUUUGGCAUCACAUCACUCGUGCGUCUCAAGGCAACCAUGGUUCCCCACGAGGAACGCUUCGUGUUGGGGUUUAGGAUGCCUUGCGAACCGGAAAAGCGCUUGGAGCUCGCCAGUCGCUGGUACCGGGAGAUUGUCAUGACCUUCAUGAAGGCCGAUCGAGCAGUCAAACCAGCCUGGCCUCAACACUUACAGAAUGACAUCUUUGAGAUCAAGGGCCUGACGGCGCAGCUUCAUCUACCCGCUGGCCAGGAUUUCGGCGGCCUGAAGAGGACGCUCGAGGCCUACUGCGCGACUUACGGAUGCCAAGUUCCGGAUUGGACAGCAAACUGGAAAUGUGAAAGGCGAGAAAACAGCCCUGAGUUCCGCCUGCUUCCUUCACGCUCUCCGGAGGGAUACUCGGCCUUCCAGCUCCUAGCCGUAUUCAGAGCGCUCCGGUACAACGAUUACUUCAGGUCGCUGUCGUUCAGAGACGUAGACUUUAGUCCCAUGUGUGGACGAUACGACCUGGUCCACUACGAUGACUCCAUCGCUGAUGUUUCUCGCAAUGGCUACGUAAUCGAUAGUGUUCAUCGAGAGAUCCUGCGAAGCUCACCGAUGCUCUUCCAGGAGCUUCACGCUGUUGCGUUCACCUCCGGUUCCAUCAGGAGCAUCGAUCUGACGAAUGUUCUCGCCCCGCGACGCAUUGCCUCGGCGAGCCCCCGAGCUCGAUCUCUGCCGUCGUCCGGUCCGAACGAGCUGCCCGAAGUGGCGCGACCAAUUCUGUUACUACUCAGAACCCAGAAUAUCACCCUCGAUACCCUCAUCCUUAGUGGCAACCCCCUAACCCAGGGCGAAGUAGACGAGCUGGUGACAGUCCUCAACAUGCCCGACACUUUCAGACACCUCGAUAUCUCCCGAUGCAGCCUUGACGAACGCAGUCUUGAAGAGAUAUGGGACGCGCUCCCGGAACAAAGCUACAAGAUGGAAGUCCUGGACACAUCACACAAUUUUGGGAACGUCGACCACGUCCUCAUCCGGAACAGCCUGUGCCACUUCGUUCGCCUCCGCAAGCUGAGCAUCGCCGGCAAUUGCAUGAGUCAGUUUACGGACUUUUUGUUCUAUGAUGAAACCAUAAUGCGCUGGCAGCUUGAGGAACUUGACCUUUCGGACAUCAAGCUGAGCGACGAGACCACGAUGAUCCUUGCUGCAUAUCUGGGGAUGCCAGAGUCAAAUUGGCUGAGGAGGCUUGAUCUCAAUAACUGCGGGCUGAGUGGCUCUAUGGCGGCCACGCUUUUUAGGAGCAUGGGUCAAGGCCGCGAACUUACUUGCGCCAUCAGUGGCAACCACCUGGAAGACGGUGGCGACGACCUUGCCAAUGCUAUCGGCUGCAACUUUGGUCCUCGGAUGCUAUUCGUCGACAUGGUGGAGUAUCGUGAGGAGACCAACUUCAUCAAGCUCAUCCGUGCCCUAGCCGUCAACAACACGAUCAACCUCCUCAGCCUUGUCGGUACCUCGACAGCCGGGCAGGUCAGCGAGGAGGCCUGCGCCGCCGUGUCCGACUUCUUUGCAACCAACACGUCCGUCUGCUUUCUUGACUUGUCCGGCUUUUCUGCCAAACUCGACGAAGGCCAGCUUGGCCUCGGCUUCUCUCGCUCCCUUGCUGGCUUGGCGCAGAAUACAACCAUUCACCACCUCCGCAUCCGCAAUCAGAAGCUUAAUGUGAACAUCGGCGACCUUGCAUCCGCAAUCGCCCGCAACGUCACGUUGAUGACCCUCGAUGUCCAGGACAACGGUUUCAACCUCUCAAACUUGACACACAUGGCUCGCAGUCUGGAGGAGAACAAGUCGAUCCAAGAGUUCCGUCCCUUUUCUGAGGCCGAGCUCAACCGCACCAUCAACAGCUCAAUGCAAAAGGUUAUCCUGCCCUCGCACCAACCCGAGCACCACCGCCGCCGGUCUUCCAAGGCAGCCGCUGCCGCCCGCGCAGCCGACACGCUUGCCGAGGAUGCCAGCAAAGCUCUCGUCCAGGAACUCCGCGGCCAGUGGACUGUAAAGAUGAAACAAAUCGAGUCCAUUGUCGAACGCAACCGCUCACAAGUCACUCUUGAGCAGACCGGACGCACAAUGUCUGGACACGAUUCUGACACUUUUGCGGAGGACCUUGUCGCAUUGUUCGGCGGCCUAGCCACCAUCAAGCGAGAGAGGAAGUCUGCUGCGGCGGGCGUCGGGCCGCCAACGCCACCUCUGGAUGCCAUGCCCGGAGAAGAGUACACCAUAGGCACAGCGCCACAUCACGUCACGAGGGACGAGGUCCUCGAGAGUCCAGCAUCGGACACCCCCGGGGGAGGCUCGUCAGGGUUGCCGACCCCGCCAGAGUGGGCCACAGCCGAGGAACCCAUCCAGGAGGUGACGGGGUGUGCGGAGGCGCUCGAGACUUUCGGGAUCAGCGAGAAGAGAGCGGGGCAGUGA